UGAUGCAGGGUUGAUGAUGAGUAGGCUAGCCAAAUCUCCGGUGGAAAAAAUGCAUUCGAUGAAAAUGGAGUGACUGCAGGUCUAGCUCCAACAUGAGUGAACAUGGAGACUGUGCUGGUGGAGGGAGUCAAGGAGAUACCAGUCCAACCCAGAAACAAAAGCCAAACUCACCUGCACCCAGCUGUGUGUCCAUGAAGAGUCACCAGUCGAAGGAUCAGGACAUCAACUUCAGAGUGGGAGAGAGCCGUCCUGAUGCCAGUCAAACUCAGAAAGGUAGGCCCGACUCUCCUGCACCCAGCUGUGUGUCCAUGAAGAGUGACCUGUCAAAGGAUCAGGACAUCAACUUCAGAGGAGGAGAUCUCAGCUCUGUGUUCUUGGAGAGUGAUCAGUCAAAGAGUUCCCGAAAAAGACACCAUCUUGACUCAAGCCCGGUUCAAGCGAAGAGAUCCUGUUCACCUGUGCCCAGCUGUGUGUCCAUGAAAAGUGACCAUUUUGAACUUAAACUUGAAGGACGUCCUGAUCCCGGUAUCCAGCUGGAAGAGGAAACAGUUAAUCCAUCCCUGAGCAGAUGUUAUGAAAAUGAGUUGUCGACUAUAUUCAAGGAGCUUGAAUACAAAGUCAUCACUUUCAUGAAGAAUGAACUGAAGAGACUCAAGAAGCUCCUGAGCCCAGAUUACCCAGAAUCCCCUUGUGAUGAGGAGGAGGGUGAGGAGGACCAGAGAGAUGCCAGAGAUGGAGCUCUGAAGAUUGCAGUGCACACUCUGAGGAGCAUGAAGCAGGACAUCCUCGCGCAGCAGCUGGAACUAAAUGGACUGCUUCUGAGAUGUCAACAACAGCUCAAAUACAGGCUAUCAAAGAAGUUUGAGAGUGUAUUUGAAGGCAUCCCAAAGCAGGGAAACCCUACUUUUCUGCAGAAAAUCUACACAGAGCUCUACAUCACAGAGGGGGAAAGUGUAGAGGUCAAUACUGAACAUGAGAUCAGACAAAUUGAGAUGGCAUCCAAGAGACACAUUACAAAGGGGGACACACAAAUCAGAUGUACUGAGAUUUUCAAGCCCUUAGCUGGACAAGACAAAUCUAUCCGAACGGUGCUGACAAAGGGAUUGGCUGGCAUUGGGAAAACAGUCUCUGUCCAGAAAUUCAUUCUAGACUGGACUGAAGGAAAAGCCAAUGAGAACAUUCUCUUCAUAUUUCCCCUUCCUUUCCGGGAGCUGAAUCUGAUUAAAGACAAGACAUACACUUUUGAGGACAUCAUCCAUCACUUUUUCUGUGAAACAAAAGGUGUCAACUUCUCCAACCACAACAACUACAGCAUUGCUUUCAUCUUUGAUGGUCUAGACGAAAGCAGACUUUCUCUGGAUUUCCAGCAUAACGAGUCCAUCUACAGUGUAACAGAACAUGCCACAGUUGAUGUCCUUCUCACAAACCUCAUCAAGGGCAAUCUGCUUCCCUCUGCGCUUGUGUGGAUCACCUCCCGACCAGCAGCAGCCAAUCAAAUCCCUCCUGAAUGCGUUGACCAGGUGACAGAGGUACGAGGUUUCAACGACCCACAGAAGGAGGAGUACUUCAGGAAGAGAAUCACAGAAGAGGAGCUGGUCAACAGAAUCAUCACACACCUGAAGUCAUCCAGGAUCCUCUACGUCAUGUGUCAAAUUCCAGUCUUCUGUUGGAUGGCAGCCACUGUUCUGGAGAGCAUCCUGACUGAAGCAGAGAGUGGGGAGAUUCCAAAGUCUCUGACUCAAAUGUACACACACUUCCUGAUCAUACAAACAAAACACAGAAGUCAGAAGUAUGAAAAACAGGAUGCAGAUCCACUGUGGAACCUGAAGACUGUUCUGUCCCUGGGGAAACUGGCUUUUCAGCAGCUGGAGAAGGGUAAUCUGAUCUUCUAUGAAGAGGAUCUGAGCGAAUGUGGCAUUGAUGUCAGAGAUGCAUUAGUAUACUCUGGGGUGUGCACCCAGAUCUUCAGAGAAGAGUCUGGACUGUUCCAGGGGAAAGUGUUCUGCUUUGUUCAUUUGAGCAUUCAGGAGUUUCUAGCAGCUUUAUAUGUGUUUUUGCACUUUACCAUGAGAGAGCGCAGUACACUUGACCAGCACCAAAAGUCUCAGCUUCAUUUACUGUUCAGUGCUAACAGUCUUUUUGAGCUUCACCAGUCUGCAGUGGACCUGGCCUUAAGAAAUGAAAAUGGACAGUUGGACCUUUUCCUGAGGUUUCUCCUGGGUCUCUCACUGGAGUCUAAUCAGAAACUAUUGCAAGACUUGCUGCCACAGAAAGAAAACAUCUCAGUGAGCACAGAUAAAUCAAUCAAGUACAUCAAGCAGAAGAUCAGAGAAGCCACUGACCCAGAGAGAUGCCUCAACCUCUUCCACUGCCUGAAUGAACUGAAUGACCACUCUCUGGUGGAGGAGGUCCAGAGUUACGUGAGGAAGGGAGAUGAACUCAGAAAGGAUCUCUCUCUCUCCCAGCUGUCAGCUCUGGCCUUUGUGCUGAUGAUGUCAGAACAGGAACUGGAGGACUUUAACCUGCAGGAUUAUGGACGAUGUAGUUCACCUGCCAGAUCAGAUGCAGGUCUGCUGAGGAUGUUGUCAGUGGUCAAAGCAUCAAGAAGAGUCCAGCUGAGGUGUUGUAACCUCACAGAGGACAGUGGCACAGCUCUAUCUUCAACUCUUAGCUCAAAUAGGUCCAAUAUGAGGCAUCUGGACUUGACUUACAAUAAUCUGGGAGAUUCGGGAGUGGAGCUGCUUUCUACUGGUCUGGGACAUGCCAAGUGUGAACUGCAGAUACUGGAUCUGAAGAGUUGUAACCUCAAAAAGAAGAGCUGUGCAGCUUUAUCCUCAGCUCUCAGAACAAACUCCAAUCUGAAACAGCUGGACCUGAGUGGCAAUAAUCUGGGAGACUCUGGAGUGGAGCAGAUUUCUUCUGGUCUGACACACAAGUGUAGACUGGAGAAACUGGUGCUGAGUGGCUGUAAACUCACAGAGAGGAGCUGUGCAGCUUUAUCUUCAGCUCUCAGCUCAGAAUCUUCCAGUCUGACACAGUUGCACUUGAGAGGGAAUUAUCUGGGAGAUUCAGGAAUGGAGCUGCUUUCUGCUGGUCUGACACAUCCAAACUGCAGACUGGAGACAUUGGAACUGAGAGGUUGUAGCCUUACAGAGAAGAGCUGUGCAGCUGUAGCUGGAGCGCUCAGCUCAAACUCCUCUCGUCUGAGACAACUGAACCUGAGUUACAACGAUCUGGGGGAUUCAGGAGUGGAGCUGCUCUCUACCGGCCUGGGAAAUCCUCAUUGUGAACUGGAGAAAUUGGAGCUGCAGUACUGCAAGCUUACAGGAGGGAGCUGUUCCUCUCUGGCCGUCGCUCUCAGAUCAAACCGCUCCAGUCUGAGAGAGCUGAACCUGCGACUUAACUUCCUUGAACAGUGUGAUGUGGAGCUGCUCUCUAUCCUGCUGAAAGACCCUACAUAUAAGCUCAGUGAACUACAAUACAUCAAUAAUCCAUCCUUCUGAUUGGAGCAGAGCUGCUGCAGGUGCUGCCGUUCCCAGGCACUCAGGGCCAGAUGAUCAUCCAGCUGCCCCACGUAGCGCCGAGAUGUGGCUACCUGCGCUCACUGCUACACUUUCAUAUGUUUCAGUCGCAUCUCUAAUGUUGGGAUGUGGCUACCUGCACUCACUGCUACACUUUCAUAUGUUUCAGUCGCAUCUCUAAUGUUGGGAUGUGGCUACCUGCACUCACUGCUACACUUUCAUAUGUUUCAGUCGCAUCUCUAAUGUUGGGAUGUGGCUACCUGCACUCACUGCUACACUUUCAUAUGUUUCAGUCGCAUCUCUAAUGUUGGGAUGUGGCUACCUGCGCUCACUGCUACACUUUCAUAUGUUUCAGUCGCAUCUCUAAUGUUGGGAUGUGGCUACCUGCGCUCACUGCUACACUUUCAUAUGUUUUAGUUGCAUUUGCAUCUCUAACGUCACUCUGGGAGAAACUAAAAGUCAUUGAGACAUGAUACAUUCAGUGUGUAUGAAGCAUUGUAGUCUUGUAUGUCUUUUUUUCUGUUCCUUUAUCUGUAUAUCAUGCUGUUUUUGUUGAAUUUUGUGUGGAGUCUGUCGUCUGUAUGGCUGCUAUCUUGGACCAAGUGUUUUUCAUCACUACUUCCUUAAAAAAGAUUAUGUUAAUUAAUGUCUUUUGAUAGAGGAAGAUAUGAAAGACGAGGGGCACAUUUCCCAUAGUCUCUGUGGCGAUCACUUACCCCACUAGGGGGAUCAGAGAGCAGUACAGAUGUGGCCAUCUGGUGGUCAUCAGAGGGCAUUGCAGCUCAAAGCAUGAAACUUGAAUUACCAGCUGAAAGUUCUCAUGUCCAUUAAAAACGAAAAGUGUGUAACAUUUAUAAAAUGUAAAGUGUUGCCUGUGUUCAAAGCAGUGAAGUUAAUUAAAAGCAACCCUAACCUUGUCCUGGGGCUCAUGAU